AGCGUAUCACGUCACUUCCUGCCUGGCGCCCAGGCGAGGGGAGCGCGUGGCCAUGGCGAGGAAGAGCGGAGGCGGCGGGGCCCACCGGGCCGGGGCCCUGAAGCAGCAGAACAAGCCGCACAAGAGCGGGAGGCACAGCGGGAGCACCGCGAAGAAGCAGGGCGGCCGGGUCCCUGCUAAGACACUCAGCCAGCAGCGGCACCGCAAUUUGGCCAAAUUGGACCGCAAGCACCGGGCCUGGCAGCUCCGCCGGCAGUGCAGGGAGAUGGUGUUGGAAGAAAAGCGGAACUUGGGUCGCAAGGGUGGGCCACCCCACUUGGUGGUGGUAGUCCCGCUGCAUGCUGGCGUCGCUAUCCCGAGAGCCUUGAGCCUGUUUCAGAGCAGUGCAGCUUCUACUGUGUGCCAAACCAAGAUGGGCCCACCAGGUUUUGGCCUGCUGUGCCACCAAUCCAGACUCCGGUGGCGCUUUGUGGUGGCUGACACAGGGAACCUCCAUGCUGUGCUGGACCUGGCCAAGGUUGCAGACACCCUCCUUUUUGUGCUGGAUCCUCACGAGGGCUGGGAUGCCGCUGGAGACUACUGCCUUUCCUGCAUCUUUGCACAGGGCCUCCCCAGCUAUGGCCUUGCUGUUCAAGGUCUUUCUGACCAGCCGCUAAAGAAGCAGGUUGACUGUCGCAAGAAGCUGAACAAAGCCAUCGAGAAGAGGUUCUCUGAAGACAGGCUCUUCCCCCUCGACACAGAGCAGGAGUCCGCCCUGCUGCUGCAGCACCUGGCCAGCCAGAAGCAGCGGCACCUGGCCUUCCGAGACCGGCGGGCUCACCUGCUGGCCACUGCUGCCACUUUCAUGCCCAGCACAGACAGCGCCUUGGUGGGGACCCUGAAGGUGUCUGGCUACGUCAGGGGGCGGAGCCUGAACGUGAACAGCUUGGUGCAUAUUGUGGGACACGGGGACUUCCAGAUGAGUCAGGUGGAUGCCUCCCCAGAGCCCUUUGCUCUGAACCCCAGAACUGCAAAAAUACACCCAAGGAGCAUGGGGGACCAGGAUGACUUUGUCAGGAGAGAAGAGGAGAUGGAGGAAGACGUGAAGGUGCUCAGCAAGGCUGAUGCCAGCAAGCAAGAGUCUCUGCAGUCAGAGGUGACCCCUGACCCCAUGGAUGGAGAGCAGACCUGGCCCACCGAGGAGGAGCUGAAGGAGGCUGAGGAGUCCCUGGCACAGAGGAAGAAGAUGACCAAGAGGGUCCCCAAAGGCACAUCUGCCUACCAGGCUGCCUGGAUCCUGGACAACAAUGACGAAUUGGAGAGUGGCAGUGAGGAUGACGAUGAGGAGGAAGACAAGGAAGAGAAUAUGGUGGAAGAGCCCAUCUCCCAGGAUGGGAGUGGCAGUGAAGAGGAGGAGGAGGAGGAGGAGGAUGAAGAGGCCACAGAGGAAGAGGAGGGUCCAGACAUGACCCUCCUGGACGAUGAGAAGAUGGAGGACAACGAGGCAAUUCUGGAGAAGUACAGGCAGGAGCGGCAGGAGGAGAUGUUUCCAGAUGAGGUGGACACACCGCGGGAUGUGGCGGCCCGGAUCCGGUUCCAAAAGUACAGAGGACUAAAAAGUUUCCGGACCUCUCCAUGGGACCCCAAAGAGAACCUGCCCAGGGACUAUGCCCGGAUCUUCCAGUUCCAGGAUUUCUCACGGACGAGGAAACAUGUCUUCCGGCAGCUAGAGAAGGAGGAGAGCAGUGGAGCUGAGGUCGGCUGUUAUGUCACGCUGCACAUCUGCAGUGUCCCCGUCUCGGUCAUGGAGAGUUUCCGGCAGCAGGUGCCUCUGUUGCUCUUCACGCUGCUUCCUUACGAACAAAAGAUGUCUGUGCUCAACCUCCUGGUGAGACGCCAGCCGGGUGACAGCGAGCCUGUCCGGUCUAAGGAGGAGGUGAUUGUCCAUUGCGGCUUCCGCCGCUUCCGAGCCUCCCCGCUCUACUCCCAGCACAGUUCAGCUGACAAGCACAAGCUGGAGCAGUUUCUGCGGGCAGACACCGCCAUGGUUGCCACCAUCUACGGCCCUAUCACUUUCCCACCUGCUUCUGUGCUGCUCUUCAGACAGAAGAGCAAUGGAGCUCACAGCCUCCUGGCCACAGGCUCCCUGCUCGGUGUCGACCCUGACCGGCUGGUGAUCAAGCGGGUGGUGCUCAGCGGCCACCCUUUCAAGAUCCUCAGCAAGAUGGCUGUUGUGCGCUACAUGUUCUUCAACAGAGAGGAUGUAUUGUGGUUCAAGCCAGUGGAGCUCCGGACCAAGUGGGGGCGCCGGGGGCACAUCAAGGAGCCUCUGGGUACCCAUGGCCACAUGAAAUGUCAGUUUGAUGGGCAGCUGAAGUCCCAGGACACGGUGCUGAUGACCCUCUACAAGCGGGUUUUUCCCAGAUGGACAUACGAUCCCCAUGUGCCAGAGCCACCGCGGGAGAGUUUGAGCAGCCUCCUGCCUGUCCAGGAGGAAGAGGAAAUGGACUAGCAGCUGCAGGGGACCCAGUUUUGUCUAACUUUGCACUUGGCCUAUGUUCAUUUGUAUCCUAUUUAUUUUUGGAGGAAAAUACUAUUUCCAAGACAA